GCCAGCACGUUGAGUGGCGGGGGCCGGCCAAAGAACUGCCCGAGAGAGGAGCGGCUCCGGGGGUUGGGCGGCACGGUUGGGGCGCCCGCUUCGGGGCGCCUGAGAGGCUGCUGGCCCGGGAUUGCGGCCCGCGGCCACGGGGGGAAGGGGGUGGGUGGGCUGAGAGCAGCUCGGCGGCGAGGCCGGCCCGCCGCCCCUUCCCCCCACCCCCGUCGACCUUGUCGACAGAAGGUUCCCGGAGCUCCUCACGGCGGCGGGAUGGCGACUGCAGCGGAGGCGGAGGCCUCUCCGCCGACGGACGCGAGCUGGGAAAGUGGUGGCGGCGGCGGCGGAGACGACGAGAUGAAGCAGGCGCUUCCGGAGCUUGAGUCCACCCCACAAAAUGGCGGCGGCGUCAGCAUCGCGGAGCCCGGCGGCGGCACCGGGCCUGAGGAGAGCGCGGCUGCUGAGGCCGUCCCGAGCCUCUGCCACGAGCAGCCUCAGGACUCCUCUGAGGCGGGCGCGGCCGCUCUGCCCAAAGGCCCCGAAGAGCCCGAAAGACCUGUUAGGAGGAGUUUUCAGAUCCCCAGGAAGAGCAGAGAAAAGAAAGCACUUUUUCAGCUGUUAACUCCAGGCUCUCGAGAAUUUGAAGAUGUUUUAAAUAUUCUCCAUUCAUCUUACCUUGAACCAACUUCAGCAACAAAUUUUAACUACAAACGUGCUUGCUUGAUACAUAAUGAGCUUUUGGAAAAGGAGUUUACAGAAAAGAGAAGAGAACUGAAGUUUGAUGGUCGUUUAGAUAAAGAACUUUCAGAAUCUUAUGCAUUUCUGAUGGUUGAUCGAUAUCAGGUUCAAAGCAUAUGUGAAAAAGGAUUACAGGUGGGCCAGUCCAAAAUAACAAUUCUUGGCAGUCCUUCCAUGGGUGUCUAUCUUUCUAGGUAUGCUGAUUUAUUGCAAGCCAAUCCUUUGGAAGCAGGUGCAGUAGGCGAUGUUGUUAUAUUUAAAAUAAUGAAGGGUAAAAUAAAGAGUAUAUAUGACCCCAUGGGUGUAAAAACUUUGGACUCUAUGUUAAAUAAAAGUGCUUUGGACCCAACACCAAAGCAUGAAUGUCACGUGUCGAAGAAUGCCAAUAGAGUUACGUCACUUUUGGCUUACAGAGCCUAUGAACUUACUCAGUAUUAUUUUUAUGAGUAUAGCUUUGAUGAGCUAAGGAGAAGACCAAGACACGUAUGUCCAUAUGCAGUUGUGUCUUUUACUUAUAAAGAUGAUAUACAAACUCCGAAGUUCAUACCUUCAUCAAGAUCUAACAGCUUUAAUGCAGAUAGAAACACAGAAAAAUUUAACUACACAUUGUGGAAAGGACAACUUUUGAAUAAAGGAAAGCUUUUGUGUUAUAUUUCUCUGAGGUCAGCCACUCGUGCUUUUUUGCCUAUCAAGCUUCCUGAGAAGUUAGAUGUUGAAACAGUUAUGAGUAUUGAUCAUCUGAAACAGAAAAUCCCUCCAGCACUGUUUUAUAAGGAAACAUACUUAGGUCCAAAUGAAGUUUUGAAGAAUGGAAUGUAUUGCAGCCUUUAUGAAGUUGUAGAAAAGACAAGAAUUGGAAGCAACAUGGAAAGUUUGCUGCAAAAACUAGAGAAAGAAAAACUUGUUCUUGUUAAACCUUUGGGAGACCGAGGAUACCUUUUUCUUCUCUCUCCUUGUCAAAUGGUUCCUCCAUAUGAACAUCAAACUGCCAAGUCUCGAGUCUUACAUGCUUUGUUUUUGUUUCAAGAACCUAGAGGCAUAGUUACUUCACAGAAAGGUUCUACCAAUGCAACACCACAGGAGAGACAUGAAAACAUGCCAGAUGUACUAAAAAUAACUCAGUUUUUACAGUUUGCUUUGAUUCAAUAUCGAAAGGAAUUCAAAAAUAUAAAUACCAUAAAUUUUCAUUCUGUUGUUGAAAAGUAUGUAAGUGAAUUUUUUAAGCGAGGUUUUGGUUCAGGUAAACGAGAGUUUAUCAUGUUUCCAUAUACUUCACGAUUAGAUGAUAAAAAAUUCUUAUAUUCAGCUCCAAAAAAUAAAUCCCAUAUUGAUAAUUGUUUGCAUACCUAUAUUUUUCGGCCUGAAAUGUAUCAGCUACCUAUUUAUAAGUUAAAAGAGUUAUUUGAAGAAAACAGAAAACUUCAGCAGUUCAGUCCACUUUCAGAUUAUGAUGGCCAAGAAGAAGAGGUGAAUGGUACAAAAAUGAAAUUUGGAAAACGAAAUAACUCGAGGGGUGAAACUGUUACACCUGGAAAGCAGAAGUCAUCUCACUCUUUGGAUUAUGAUAAGGAUAGAGUCAAAGAAUUGAUUAAUUUAAUUCAGUGUAGGAAAAAAAAUGUGGGUGGGGACUCAGACACAGAAGAUAAGAGAAGCAGAACUGUCCUGAAAAGGAAGCUUGAGGAUCUACCUGAAAAUAUGAGAAAGCUCGCCAAAACCAGUAAUUUAUCUGAAAAUUACCAUCUGUAUGAAGAGUCUUCACAGCCUAUUGGCUCACUUGGGCAUGAUGCUGACUUGAGACGGCAGCAGCAGGAUAGCUCUAACUCCAGCAUUGCUGACAUCCAUAGGUUGUUUAAUUGGCUGUCAGAAACGCUAGCAAAUGCACGCCAUUCUGAUGCAUCCCUGACAGACACAGUCAACAAAGCCCUAGGAUUGAGCUCUGAUGAUGCCUGUGAAGAGAUGAGGCCAAAGCAUGAUUAUGAGUUGAACUCUAGCCUGGAUAAGAAAGAAUAUGAGCAGCCGACUUGUGCAAAAAUUGAAAAUGCACAUUUUAGGGAUACUAAGAGCCCAUUGCUAGAAAUCGAUACAUUAUCUUUAAAAUAUCCUGUUGCUGUUUCUACCAGUGAAGUAGGAACUGACCAUAAAGUACAUUUGAAAGACGAUCCAAAUUUAAUUAGCAUGAAUAAUUUUGAAGAUUGCAGUUUGUGUCCCACUGUUCCCAUUGAACAUGGAUUCCACAGACAAUCUAAGUCAAAUAAUGUUGAAGAGACUGAAAUUCAUUGGAAACUGAUUCCAAUUACAGGAGGGAAUGCAAGAAGCCCAGAAGACCACCUCGGGAAACAUGGUGAGAAACAAACACCAGGUAUGAAAUCACCAGAAGAGCAACUGGUGUGUCUGCCACCACAGGAGACCUUUCCUAACGACCCCCGGGUAAUAAGUAGACAGAGAAGUUCUGAUUACCAGUUUCCAUCCUCUCCAUUUACAGACACACUAAAGGGCACCACUGAGGAUGACAUGUUGACAGGUCAGGUGGUGACCGUGGAGGAGCAGUGUGUGCCAGCAGCAGAACCGCCUGCAGUGAGUGAAACCACGGAGAGGACAGUGUUAGGAGAGUACAGUCUCUUUUCUAGGAAGAUAGAAGAGAUUUUGAAGCAAAAGAAUGUUUCAUAUGUCAGUAGUAUUCCCACACCUAUCUUUUCAGCGCAAGAGAAGAUGAAACGGCUUUCUGAGUUCAUAUAUUCUAAGACUUCCAGAGCUGGUGUACAGGAGUUUGUAGAUGGCUUGCAUGAGAAAUUAAAUACUGUUAUUAUCAAAGCAUCAGCCAAGGGUGGGAAUUUGCCACCAGUCAGUCCUAAUGAUUCUGGUACUAAGAUUGCACUGAGUCCUCGGGGAAGGCAUGUCAUACCAGUUUCCUCAAGUGACUUCAGCAGUAAACACCUUCUUGAGCCACUUGGUAGUGAUCCUUUGAAAGAAACCAAUUCUAAUGAGCAGCAUUCCUCUUCAACUUCGGGUUUAACGGAAGUAGAAGUGAACCAGCCACAUCAUAUCACAGAGCCAAUGGUGACUUCUGAUCAUACUGUGCCUGGGGACACUGCCCAAGAACCAGUAGAAAAAGAAACAACAAAAUCACCCAGUGAUGUAAAUAUUUCUACCCAACCAGCUCUUUCAAAUUUUAUAAGCCAGUUAGAACCCGAAGUAUUUAACAGUUUGGUUAAAAUCAUGAAAGAUGUCCAGAAAAAUACUGUGAAAUUUUAUAUUCAUGAAGAAGAAGAGAGUGUGCUCUGUAAAGAAAUAAAGGAAUAUCUUAUCAAAUUAGGCAAUACAGAAUGUCAUCCAGAACAGUUUUUGGAAAGAAGAUCAAAAUUAGAUAAAUUGUUGAUUAUUAUUCAGAAUGAAGACAUUGCAGGUUUCAUUCACAAGGUACCUGGCUUGGUGACUUUAAAGAAGCUCCCUUGUGUUAGUUUUGCUGGUGUUGAUAGUCUGGAUGAUGUUAAAAAUCAUACUUACAAUGAAUUAUUUGUAUCUGGAGGUUGUAUCGUUUCUGAUGAAUCCAUUCUAAAUCCAGAAGUAAUCACAAUUGAGAACCUUAAAAAUUUUUUGACAUUCCUUGAAGAACUUAGUACUCCAGAAGGAAAAUGGCAAUGGAAAGUCCACUGUAAAUUUCAGAAAAAACUAAAGGAACUGGGCAGAUUGAAUGCUAAAGCACUAAGUCUUUUGACGCUUCUGAAUGUCUAUCAGAAGAAACAUCUCGUUGAAAUCUUGUCAUACCACAACUGUGAUUCACAAACUCGGAAUGCUCCAGAAUUGGAUUGCCUCAUUAGACUUCAGGCUCAGAACAUACAGCAACGACACAUAGUCUUUUUAACAGAAAAGAGUAUCAAGAUGCUUUCCAGUUAUACCGAUAAUGGAAUAGUAGUUGCAACUGUUGAAGACUUUAUGCAAAACUUUAAAAAUCUUGUGGGCUAUCACAAUUCAAUCACAGAAGAAAACCUUCCAUUGCUUGGUGCUAAUGAGAAUCUUGAGUCACAGUCAGAUGCUGUUUUGACAUUAACCCCUUUGGAGCUGGGAGUUGGGAUUUCCCAACAUUAAACGUGAACACAUUUCGCAGAAGCUUUUAGCAUCGGAUUAUCUGGACAUUCACACCUAGUGUGAGUGUUGUGACUAAGUGAACUUGUGGCAGAAGACCAAGCUUUAAGGGAUUGUGGACUUGCAGAUCCUGACGCAUUAUAUUGUGUGAGUAGUGUAUAAUUUUAAAACAUAAACAAAUUGUGUAUUUCAAUAGAGGAGGACUUUUUGUUUUUUAAAUGUAGCUCUUUUAGAAAACGAUGAAAAGGAUGAAGAGGAUAUGUCUCUGGAUUCAGGGGAUGAAAUCUCACAAAUUGAAGUAUGCAGCAAUUUUCAUUCAGAAAUAUUGGCGCAAGAGUCCAAAGGAUCAAGUGGAACAGAUCAAAAAAAGAAUAUUCAAAUUGAGUUGCAAUCGUCUCUUGACUUGCAAAAAUGUUUAUUAGAAGAUAAGACUUAUCAAAUUGUUUCGGAAGAGAAAGCUUCUAUUGAUACAGUAUGCUCUGAAGGAGAGAACAGCAAUUCAGCUGAACAAGAUUCGUAUAGCAACUUUCAGGUUUAUCACAGUCAAUUAAAUAUGUCCCAUCAGUUUAGUCAUUUUAAUGUUCUCACUCAUCAGACAUUUUUGGGGACACCAUAUGCCCUUUUAUCAAAUCAGUCUCAAGAAAGUGAAAAUUACUUUUUAAAUGCUUAUACUCAAAGCUUGGAUAGAGAUAAACCUCCAUCUCCAUUAAGCUGGUGGAAAAGUGAUUCUUCCAGGCCGUUUUCAAAAGAGAAAUAAUUACAGUAACUUAAAAAAAAAAAAGUUGUUAUGGACUUUUUCUGUUUCUUAAAACUGAAUUAACAAUUUAUAUUUCAUUCUCUUAACGAGGUUUCUUUUCCUUUCUCAAAUUUUUUCCCCUUUUAUUUAAAUCAUGAUGGCCUGUAACAGUUGAAGCAUCUGAAAAUUAAAAUAAAUAUAUAUAUUUUUAACAUA